AUGAACAUAAUCAAAUCAACUAGCAAUAUAUUCAGGUUAAAUUUAAAAAAUCUAAUAAAUUCUAGUAAAUUAAAACUAUACAAUACUCAAUUAAAUUACAUACAUAAAAUGUCUGCUGCUCAAGAAUACGAUUACCUUGUCAUCGGUGGUGGUUCCGGUGGUGUUGCUUCUGCCAGAAGAGCUGCUAGUUACGGUGCUAAAGUUUUACUUAUUGAAGGUAAGAAAUUAGGUGGUACUUGUGUUAAUGUUGGUUGUGUGCCAAAGAAAAUUAUGUGGUAUGCUUCUGACUUAGCCGGUAGAAUACAACAGGCUCAUGAUUUAAAGCUAUUUGAAGACUUACCAUUAGACAGAGAACAUUUAACUUUCAACUGGGAAGGUUAUAAGGCUAAGAGAGAUGCCACUAUUAAGAGAUUAAAUGGUAUCUAUGCUUCUAACUGUGAAAGGGAAAAUGUCGACGUUGUUUUCGGUUGGGCUUCUUUCAACAAAGAUGGUGAUGUUGAAGUUAAGAAAGCAGAUGGUUCCGUUCAAGUUUACAAAGCUAAGAAAGUUUUAAUUGCCACUGGUGGUAAGCCAGUCAUGCCAGAAAAUAUUCCAGGUUUCGAACAUGGUAUUACCUCUGAUGGUUUCUUUGAAUUGGAGAAACAACCAAAGAAGGUUGUUUUAGUUGGUGCUGGUUACAUCGGUGUUGAAUUGGCUGGUGUUUUCCAUGGUUUAGGCUCUGAAACUCAUUUAGUGAUUAGAGGUGAAACUUUCUUAAGAAAAUUCGAUGAAAUGAUUCAAAAGAAAGUCACUGACCAUUACGUGGAAUCAGGUAUUAAUGUUCACAAGAAAAGUGUUGUCAGUAAAGUAGUCAAGGACGAAGCCACUGGUAAGCUAACUGUCACCUUAAAUGACAGCACUGAAUUAAAGGAUGUUGACACUUUAGUCUGGUCUGUCGGCCGUAGAACUUACUUGGGUCUAGGUUUAGAAAAUAUCAAGAUAGAAUUGAACGCUAGAGAGCAAAUUGUUGUUGAUGAAUACCAAAACACCAACGUUCCAAAUGUUUUCUCCUUAGGUGAUGUUGUUGGUAACGUCGAAUUAACUCCAGUUGCUAUUGCUGCCGGUAGAAAAUUAGCUAACAGAUUAUUCGGUCCAGUAAAAUUCAAGAACGAUAAAUUAGAUUACAGCAAUGUUCCAAGUGUCGUCUUCUCUCAUCCAGUCGCUGGUACUUGUGGUAUGACCGAAGCUGAUGCUGUUGCCAAAUAUGGUGAAAAUAACAUCAAGGUAUACAAGACCGAAUUCACUGACAUGUACAACGCUUUAUUGGAUGAUCCAAUUAAGAAACAACCAACUGGUUACAAAUUAGUUUGUGCCGGUCCAGAAGAAAAGGUUGUCGGUCUACAUAUCGUUGGUCCAAGCUCCUCUGAAAUCUUACAAGGUUUCGGUGUUGCCAUCAAGAUGGGUGCCACCAAGGCUGACUUUGACAACUGUGUUGCCAUUCACCCAACCUCUGCUGAAGAAAUUGUUACUUUACGUUAA